UUGAAAAACCCAGCCCGAAGCUUGAGCGUAUCCAAAAAUCCUGUUCCGGUCGUUGGCAGGAGCGAAUCUCACUGCAUAGUCGGCCCAAGAUCACAACACGUGCCGCAUUAUGACUUUCUACUGGUGGUCGCAUUGGUUCUGGAUAACCUGUCUGUGUGUGCAACUGUUGCCUCAUGUGCACACAUAUCCCAGUCAGGACGUGAGUCUAGAAUCGAGCACACAGCAGCAGCUGGAUCGGGCAUUGGAUAGGACGGAGGCAACGGAACAUGGUUCUGGCCGUCGGCAGACAACGAAGCUAUAUCAGACCACGUCCAGUCAGACAUGGACAACGGUCACCCAGCGGAAUAUCAUGGAUCUAACCAUUAAGACGACGCCGUCGGCGCCAAAAAUAACACCCGCAUAUGCAGACGCAGGUGGACAGCAAAAGGAGGAGGAGCAGCAGCAGCAGGAGCAGGAGCAGGAGGAGGAGCAGGAAGAGGAGUCAAGUGAUGCCAUCGAAGAUGUCGAAGCGCCCUUUUCCGAUUCCGUCGAUGAGGAGGACAGCAAUGGAGACGACGUCGAUAUGGAUGCGGAUGCUGAUGAGCAAAGUGACGCUGAUGGGGCAACGGUAAAGCUAACAAUGUCGCACAAUCAGUUCGAGUUCAAGCGCUCCGCUGAUUUUGCGGCAAGUGUUGCAGCUGAAGGAUCGUCGGAUCAGCUCAACAACUAUACGAAUUUUAGUCGUAUCACAAGGAAAGCAGCAACAACAGCAACAUCAACAAUAACAACAACAACAACAACGAGCCCGCCGAUCAACAGCACAGCAGGUCAAGCUGUGGCAGCCACACCAUCGACGCCCAAAAUCAACACCGAAUGGCUGUCGGAUGAGCUGCAGCGUGUCCCGUUCACGUUGGAGAACGCCAACAAGGAGGAUGAGCUGCGACGCGCCGAAAGCGAGCAUCGCUCCAGGAAAUCGAAAGUGCUGUCCGCCGAAUACAAGCACAUCAAUCGCUAUAUUAAUUUCUCCAGCGACAGCAAGAGUUUGCUCACCCGAUCCGCAUCCGCAGCGCCCAGCGUUUCGGAUGCUGAUGAAGGUGGCAACAUCUCAUCCGAGGCGCUGGCCAUUCAACGCACAUAUUUUUUGGAUGCCGGCUCCAUAUCGGCCAUAUGUUUCACUGUCUUUGGCAUUUGCUGUACGGUGGGCACCAUUGGCAUCGUCCUUUAUCGUCGGCGCUAUGUGAAUAAGCCGCAGGCUCUCAGCGAGCCCGACUCGAGCGUUUACAUCGAUGAUAGCACGAUGCGUGAUAAUUCGGAUGAGAUGUACAGCCUGGAUAACGAUUCGUUUCUCAACUCACUGGAGGCGAUGACAAUACAGAACUAUUGGACGGACACGGUCAAACAUACAAAGCUUUAAUUUCUGACGUCUGUUCUGGGAAUCUCUCCCUACUCGCCUAUACUUCCCACUUCCCACUUGCCCCUCCCAUCCCUCCCAUUAUUUAUUAUUUGAUUUUUGUGUCCAUGUGUCCAGUAUUCCAUCGGUUUAAUCCAUUUACCUAGCCCAUCUUUCCGUGUCCCAACAAACAACAUUGCGAAACCCAGCAAACAGCACACACAACAACAAAAACAAAAACACAUCAUAAUCAUUAAGUAGGCGCCUGACUGUGCGCAGCGUAGCAUUUAAGUGGGGUCCUCGAUGGGGACAAUUGUAUGUAUUUACUAAUUGAUAGGCAUUCGUGCAGCUCAAAUGGACUAGUAUGCAACCAGACGAGCGAUUAGUUUAAGCCAAACUACCAAAAUUAUGUUUAGUAUGUGUACUAUAUUUUAAGAUCGCAAUGUUAUUUGCUAGUUUUAACUGUUGAUACUGUCUGACGAUCUGUCUGCUGAUCUCCGAUCAUAUCGAGGGUCACUUCUCCGGACAUAUAUACAUACAUAUAUACAUAUAUACCUGUAUGUAUGUAGAUUUCCUUAUACUCCGUUUAACAUUUCAAUUCGACACUUUCUUUAUACUCGUAUAGAGUAAGAACUUAAUUUACUUU